GUUAUGAUGGCGGAAAAUAUUAUAGAUAUCUGGCAUUCAUCGGUAUUUAUAAUGACACUCGCGAAAUAAUCUUUCCUUGCUUCGAACAAUUUAACCAUGUCCACUAACGAAGUAAUAUCUCUCGCCUCGGUGCGGGAUUUUUUAGUUAAGAACGACGGAAAAGUGAAAAACACAGAUUUAGUCCAUCAUUUUCGACAACAGCUGAACGAUUCAGCAAACAAAAGUAAAGUGCGAGGUGAAUUUAAGGAAAUUGUGCAUACUAUCGCGACGGUACAAACUAUAGAUGGAGAAAAGUACUUUGUACUCAAGAAGCCUAAGGAAGCUCCUGCAGUGCUCCGUAAACCACCUAGGCCAGCUAAGGCACGACCUGUAUCUGGUCCCCCUGUAUUCCGAGGAGCAAAGCUGGAAGAAGUGCCAUUAGGCUCAGGGGCACAAUCAAACCCUAGAAGACAGUCAACAACAGAGGAUGAAUUGCCAGCCCUUAGUCAUCCAAAUAAAGAAAACAGACCUCUAGAGAAAAGAGAGGGAACAGAUGGUAUAGGGCAUUUGGUGGGCGCAGAAUCUGUGGACAGUGGUCUGGAGUCCAAUGGAGGCUCAGUGGGAAGUGUAUCUACGUCAACUUUCAAAAUGCUGCAAAAUCAGUUUCUAAAUGGUGGGAGUGGAUCCACUACUAAUGUUCAGCCAGAAAGAUUGUCACGAAGCAAUGAUGAUCUGGAUCGAAUGGAUGAUGACGCAGAAGGGGAUGACUUUUUAAUGGGAGGACCAACAGCACAUCUGGAACCUCUAGAGAAAGAGUGGCUUGUAUCAGCAGCUAAAGGAAAUAGGGCACAGAUCAUGUGUCUCUUGGAACAGGAUCCUAACUUAGCAACUAAAAAAGACUUUAUGCAGGUAUGUAAAUAUAUUUGUUUAUUAUAAGUAUGAU